AUGGGCCACGUUGCUCAAAAACUUGUCGAGCCUCUUAACAAGGAAAAAUCCGAUCAGCCGCCAGGAGCUAGCCAGCAUGCUGAAUCCAGUCACCAGCCUCAGGCCAUAUCACGAAACGAUCAGCCGCCAACGUGGAGCCACGUUGGUCAUCAUGCUCAUAUGAUGAAAGGACCGGCUGAACAUCGCCAGCCGCCAGCGAGUAUCCACAUUGCUGGACAGAACAUCGAUUUUGGCAGCGCAAGCCUCGGUCAGCCGCCAGAAGCUAGCCAGCAUGCUGAAUCCAGUGACCAGUUUCACGCCACGGCACACAGUGGUCAGGUGCGAGUGAUCAAGCCCUCUGCUCGUUAUCCUCAAGAGAUCAAUGCACUGGCAGGACCUAGCCAGCCGCCAGCGAUGGCUCACCUUGCAGGAUCCGGCCACCAUGACCAUACUCACGCCGCAGCAGGGCACUCUCAGCCGCCAGGGAAGAGCCAAUUUGCCGGGCUCAGCCACACCCGCCCUCAAGCCGAAGCCGCGGCGGGGCACCUUCAACGUCCAGCGAUGUACAACCUCGCGGGAAGCAGCCAUCUCUCUCCCUCUCAACGCGCGCAGUAUCUCCAGCAGAUGCAGCGUAUCGCAGGAGGCAGCCACAGCCCGCAAGCUGCCGCAGAGCACCGUCGAUCUGCUGGAGUCAGCCCUCAUCCGCACGCCCCGGCCGAGCACCUCCAGCAUCCAGCGCUGUACAAUCUUGCGCGAGCCGGCCACAAUCCUCAAGCCGCGGCCGAAAAGGGCCACCAUGCUACAGUCGGCCACAACCGUGAUGCAGCGGCACAGCAAGCUUCACCUUCAGCACUGCCAAAUGACCAUACGUGGCUUGGUCGACAGAGGGAUGUCGCCCGGCCAGGUUUUCGUCCCUAUCUUAGGCCCUCGAAACCACCCCCUGCCGAGGUGCAGACCCGUGAGCAGCCGGAUGCACCGAUUUCUCCAACUGCGCCGGUCUCCCAAGCUGCACCGGUUUCCCUGGAUUCCCCGUCUUCCCCGGCUGCACCGGCUUCCCCAGCUGCCCCGGCUUCUCUAGCUUCCCCAGCUGCCCCGGCUUCCCCAGCUGCCCCGGCUUCUCUAGCUUCCCCAGCUGCACCGCUUUCCCCAGCUGCACCAGUUUCACCGGCGUCCAUGGCUGCUCCGCCUGCUUCGGCUGCUCCGGCGGCAUUGCCCACCACGCCGUUCACUCACGGUCCCACUUUGAAUGCUCUGGCCACGAGUCCUUCUUGGCGAGGCGCCAGGUUCAGACACGAUCGGAGCGCGCUGUCACCGAGCAUCCGGGCGCUGGAGCCUGCGUUGGCGCAGCACCCGAGCACUGCCGACAACAUAGACAUCCGUCGCUUUUACCUGCCGUCGCCGUCUUCCCACCCUCCAGCCCCGGCGCAGCACGAUGGCCCGCAACGCUCUGUGCCCGUCCCUGCACCUGUGCCCGUCCCUGCACCUGUGCCCGUCCCUGCACCUGUGCCCGUCCCUGCACCUGUGCCCGUCCCUGCACCUGCGCCUAUCCCUGCGCCUGUUCCUGCACCUGUCCCUGCGCCUGUCCCUGCUGCUAAGUCACCUUUUCGCGAAGAAAAGCACGGCGAUCGUCGCUCCCCGGACCAUCUCUUGAAGCCAACUUCUUCGUCGGCCCACGGUGCCGAGACGCGUGGCAAGGAGCCAAUGGAGAGCGAGAACUCGGACUCUUCGGCGCUGGCCAGAGACAGGGGCCCGUCUGGGGAGCAUCUCCCCGAUCCUGCAGCGCAGCACAGGGCCGACAAAGCGACUGGGAAGCAGAUCAUCGACCUCAACAGGGACGACCACCAACCAGUGACCAGCGAAGACUAUUAUCUCCCCAGCACUGACCACCAUGGACACGCUGCGCAUUCACCCAUCGUGCUGACCGACUACGAAGAAGACUUUCUCGAUGCACUCCAGGGUAUCGAUCUUUGGAAAGAUCCAAAUCGUCCUUCUUCGGGCCCAGCAGACCAAUCAGGCUCCAAGAGGCCAUACGAGGCCUCAUCUUCUUCACGCAGCGCUUCAGACACCGCGGCAGGCCGCUCGGAGAAGAAGAGGAAAAAGGACGGCUCGCCCAGCUCCGAUUCCACUGGGACGAAACCUUCUGAAAGGGGAUUGCAAGUGCGCGAUGUUCACGAUCCGCUCGCCUGGGAGAGUGAACACCGGGUGCCGUCGCCGCCUCAAGACGACAACGUCGCGGCCACUCUGCCCCUGCCACAGUGGAUACGCAAGGGCGCCCGACACUCUACCCAAGGCAGGUACAAGAGCAGACGCAUACGUCCCCUGGCGGAAAUCAUGCCUGUCCCGGAAGAGAUGACGCGCGCGGAGGAUCGAGCCAAGGUGGAAAUGCAGGAAAAGCCAGAGGCAGAGAAAGCAAAGAAGAUCAAGAAGUCUAGCAGAGGGCGAAAUCCUGAACAAGACUACUAUGCGAGCACCAGUGGGAUGAGAAAGGCAUCGACGCUGUGGCACGAUUCCUUUGGAAUUCUCGCCAGGCAAGAACUCGGUCCGUCCGCGUCCGAGGAAAUGGUCUUGCAAAGGGCGAAAGAGCUAAAAUUUCAGCAAAGGUACAAAAAGGGAAGACAUGGAGACGACUUGAAACAAAGGAAGCAAGCAUACAAGUCCUUGGAGGCGUGGCCUGACCCUCUUGAUUUUGAAGGACAGGCGAGUGAACUCAGGGCCAAAGGCAUCGCAGGCCCCGACUAUCGAGUCGUCCAGUUUGCCUUUAGGAAGGAGCUGGAGAAGGGAAUACCGAUAUCGAAAUCGAAGAGGGCAGUGAGACGUAAACAAAGGCAAGGAAAACUCACAAAGGAGGAGGAGGUCAUGUACGAGGCGAGCAAGUGGCAUAAUAACAAACAGAACACGAGGAGGACCGGAGAUGCCAAUGACUACCAAGGCAAAAUAGUCCUCGGUCCUCGAAAGGGCAGAAACCCUAAAAAGGCACGAAAGAGGAGGCGGCCGCAACACCCUGAUGGUCCUAAUCCUCAGACAUGA